CGCGCCGGAAGAGAAGAAGGUCCUUUUCCCAGCCAUCUUGUGGCUUCAUCCAGCGAAGUGUUCGCACCAAGCCUCGUAGAAUCGGAGGAAAAUCCUGCUGAAGGGGCGCCAUCAUGCCCGGAAAAAUGAAAGAAGGUUUCGGCUGCACCAUAGCCAACCGGUUCGACCAAUUAUCUGACGACGAGUCGGAUCCGUUUGAGCUGUUGAAGCAGGCCGAGAUCAAGAAGAAGGAGGCUCCUGCUCCUGGUGCCGCCAAGACUGCAGCCCAGGCUGCUAAGCAACAGAAAAAGGAGUCCCAGAAAGACAGAAAGAACCCCCUUGCUGACAAGAAGGAGGAGACCCAGGCACCUGUUCCUCUCAAGAAAGAUGGUGCUGGUAUGAGGAGAAUGGGUCGGAGGCCUGAGGGUGACAGCUCCAGGCCCCAGGGCGGCCAGGGAGAGGGGCGCCCACCCACAGACAGGCGGCCUCCAGCGGACAGGCGGCCCCCUCGCCGCUUUGAGAGGCCUGCUGGAGAAGGUGGUGAGAAGACAGGAGAAUUCUCAGUGGAGAAGCCUGUUGGUGAUAGGCCAAUGAGAGGACGAGGUGGGGGCCGGGGUGGCCGUGGAGGCCGAGGACGCGGCAUGGGUCGCAGUGACGGCUUUGACUCACGGGGAAAACGUGAAUUUGAUAGGCACAGUGGCAGUGACCGAUCCAGCCUGAAAGCUGAGGAAAAGCGUGGAGGAAGUGGAUCUCACAACUGGGGCACUGUCAAGGAUGAACUGAAUGAGCUUGACCAAUCAAACGUAACUGAGGAGAAUCCUGAGGGAGAGGAGCAUCCGCCUGCUGACUCUGAGAACAAGGAGAAUGAGGUAGAGGAAGUCAAGGAGGAAGGCCCUAAGGAGAUGACUCUGGAUGAAUGGAAAGCCAUGCAGUGCAAGGAGCGGGCCAAGGUGGAGUUCAAUAUCCGCAAGGCCAAUGAGGGAGCUGAGUGGAACAAAGGAUAUGUGCUGCACAAGUCCAAAACGGACGAUGACAAGAAAGGUGCUCUGAUCGAUACUGAGGGGGAUGAGGCAUCCAAGGUACAUGCUGAGGAUGAGCACCACUUCCGGAAGCCAGCCAAUGACAUUACGUCCCAGCUGGAGAUCAACUUUGGAGACUUGGGCCGUCCAGGUCGUGGCCGCGGGGGACCCCGUGGUGGCAGGGGGGGUCGUGGUCGGGGCGAGGGCCGUGAGGGACCCCCUGCUAGGGUGCCACGCGGAGGAAGGACUGAGAAGUCUGGUGUGUCGGUGCCCAAUGUGGAUGACCCCGAGGCCUUCCCAGCCCUGGCUUGAGCCCCGGCCGCUGUCCCUCAGGCCCACAGGAGCCCCAUAAGCACCUCCACUACGAGGCUUGCAUGUUCCUGGAUCCUUCAGCAGAUUGAAUUGAUGGAGAAGACUGUCAUUAUCUAUGACACUCAACUUGAGAACUGAAUUUUACCCAUUUAAGAAAAAAAAGAUGGAAAAAAAAAAAACAGAAAUUAACAAAAAAAUACAAAAAAAGAAAAGGACUUCUUGCUACUCUGGAGCAACUUUAUUGGUAGAGGUUUUGUACUUAGAAACAAAGUAGCAGGGAUGUUUUCAUACAGUAUUUUUUUCAGAGGUUAUGCAUUGUCCAUGGAUACAUUUUUGUAAUUGCUGCUUGAAAAUAUGCAUUUCCAAAUAUAAGAAGAGUAUCGUUUAGCUUGGGGUGUCCCGUUGCUUGCUUGACUGCUUCAAAACGGGCGCUGUGGGGCUCCAGCCCAAGCUCAUAAGCUCUGCCACACCAGGUGUUUCUUACCAAGUUACUGCUUCACUCAAUGCGUUUUAAAGGACUUUUCUUUAGAACUGCGGUAUUGUUUUAUAUUUUAUAAAGGAGGGUCUAUUCUUCUAUGAUCUUAGGCCUGUAAAUCUAGACUAUUUUCAUAAAAAAUCUCUGGCAGACAACUUGAUGAUGCAGAUAGGACAUCCCUUGAUCUUUGAUCAAGUGAUGAUUUGAAUGCAUCCAUUGAAUUGCGCCUCAUCUGUAUUAAGGGUGUUUGUAUUGACAUGUUGCUAAGGAGGAACACAAGGUGAUUACUUUUCUAAUUUCACAUGGGUCUUGCUACAUUUGUCAAGUGGAUCACCAUGCAAGUGAAAGUUUCCUCUUGUGUUCUCAUGUACUUGCCUUGAGGUGCUAUUCAUUGUCUAAUGUCUCUUCCUCUUGCCCAUUCCAUCUGCUCUGAUCACUGGCCAUGUACAAGUCAAACGAUGCCUUAGUGUUUAUUUUAAUUGAAGGUGAGACGUGGAGAGCAGGUGUUUUUUACACAGUUUGGAUGUGGCUGUAGUCCUCUGGAUUCCCUCAGACUACUGUUGACACACUCCGCUCAAGCAUCCUGAGACAUGUAAAGUCAGCCCAGCUUCAGUUUGCUCUUUAGCCUCCACAGUGGCACCGCUGCAUAAUCACUCUGAAAGAAAUACAGUUGUUCAUCAUAUGGAACGGCUCAGUGCUCUACAAAUGUGUGAAAUCUAGCCCUGCUAUUAGAGACCUCUGUCGGUAAAUAAAGGUGGUCGUUUAA